CGGUGCAGGCACAUCGACCCGGGAAGCGGAACCGUGCAGUGGCCUAGAGAUUGACCCCUCUCCCGAUCCCCUCCCCCUCUCUGCCACAAAUCCCGUUCCCAGAAGUCACUCCAUCCUCAUGGGCUCGAAACUUCCAGAAGCCCCUCACCCUUCCAGCCUGAUGUCUUGCGUCAAGUUGUGGCCUAGCGGAGCCCCAGCCUCCCUGGUGCCCAUCGAGGAAUUGGAGAACCCGAAGUUGGUUGGCAAAGGCGGGUUUGGCACCGUGUUCCGGGUGCAACACAGGUCGUGGGGUCAUGAUGUGGCAGUCAAGAUCGUGAACUCGGAGGCGAUAUCCAGGGAGGUGAAGGCCAUGGCAAAUCUGCGUAACCAGUACGUCCUGCUCCUGCUGGGGGUCACCGAGAAGCUGGAGUGGGACUACGUGUCCGGGCCAGCUCUGGUGACUCGAUUCAUGGAGAAUGGGUCCCUGGCAGGGCUGCUGCAGCCCCAGUGCCCUCGGCCCUGGCCGCUCCUCUGCCGCCUGCUGCAGGAGUUGGUGCUCGGGAUGUGUUACCUGCACAGCCAGAACCCCGUCCUUCUGCACCGAGACCUCAAGCCUUCCAAUGUCCUGCUGGACUCAGAGCUGCAUGUCCAGCUGGCAGAUUUUGGCCUGUCCACGUUUCAGGGAGGCUCACAGUCAGGGGCAGGAUCAGGGAAGGCAGGGGGCACCCUAGCCUACUUGGCCCCAGAACUGUUGGCUGAUAUAAACCAGAAGGCCUCCAUGGCCUGUGAUGUCUACAGCUUCGGGAUCCUAAUGUGGGCAGUACUAGCUGGAAGAGACCAUGAGAUAGUGUCCCAGAUAUCGCUGGUGAAGGCAGCAGUGUGUGAAAGGAAGGUCCGGCCCCCCUUAACUGAGCUGCCCAAGCCCGGCCCUGAGACUCCUGGCUUGGAGGGACUGAAGGAGUUAAUGCAGCACUGCUGGAGCCAUGAGCCCAAAGACAGGCCCUCCUUCCAAGACUGCCGUCCAAAAAUGAAGAAAGCUUUCCUUCGGGUGGAGGACAAGAUAGAAGAUGCUGUCUCCAUGGUGAAGAAGUUCAUGUUUGAGCACAGGAGCAGCAACAGGACGAUGUUUACCCCUGAGCCAGGCCCAAGAAAGACAGAAAUGGAUGGCCCUGGGCAAACCACAGGAAGCUGCAAUACUGUGGCUGAGAUGUUGAACAACCUGAAUGUGGAGGGGUUCCCCAACUCUGUUCCUGAAAAGUGUACAAACACUCCUGAGAGGAUCAGGGCACAAGGAAAGCAGGUUCAGCAUGACCGGACAGCAGGGACAUCUGACUCAACAGCUCAACCUCCCCAAACUCCAGAGAACUCACCUUUCAGAAACCAGGGGAAACUUGGGGCUGAGGUGGUGUGCGAUGGGGGAAGAGACCUCAGGACAGGGAGCCCGAGAGCACUGUGUUGUUCACAGGGGGCUGAGAGACAUGGUACCCACUGGCCUCCCAGGGCGCCGGAGCCAAGUCCAAUAUCAGGGCUAUCAUCCCUUACCAUCCGUGACUGCCAAGGAAUACAGUUGGGAAACAACAACUACCUGCUUAUGCAAGGAGGAACCGCCUUGUCCACGCAGGGCCCGGCACCCUGGGGCAUGGGCAGGGGCUGUCAGCGCGCCCCGCCACGAGCACGUUCGAAAGAACGGCCGCCACAACCUGAAGCCUGGAGUGGACCGCAGGAUCCGUAUAAUAAUAGCAGGAAUUGAGGCAGCCAGGCGCGAUUUUCUUUGAGGGCCGUCUGGCCUGCACUCGAAGUGACUCUGUGCCCCCACAAGUCAAUAAACUAGGUGGAAUUUUAACCAAA